AUGUACGAUUCGAGAAGAUCGUGCUGCGGAUUCAACGUAGCGAGGAAUUGUUUUGGUGGCGUAGCUCUCCUCGUCGGGGUGCCGCUGUUGGUGAUUGUGCAUAUGAAGACGGUUGUCUUGACGGCCUUCUUUGUUGAACGUCGCGCCGACUCUCGUCUUGUGGCAGAGAUUUUGCUGGAAUGGCUCUUUUGCAUUCUGGUGGAAGCCUGCCUCUUUCUUCUUCUCGUCGCCGACCCCGGUUUCAUUGGCGAACCCACAGAGCUGAGCUGCCGGUGUGCAAACUGCAAAAUGGAAGUGGAGGACUUCGAUCAUCAUUGUGGUGUAUUGGGGGCUUGCAUUGGAAGAGGAAACAUGUGCUAUUUUAUUCUGUUUCUGUUGUUUGCCUCUCUUCUGUGCCUUCUCGGCGGCCUGGAAAACGUUGUGUACAUAGUGCUCUUCGCUGCCGCCCACAAGAAGAGAAACGCAAACUCUUCCUGGACCUCAUUUAGUGCAUGGAGGACAGCCCUCACGGAUGGUGCAGAUGUGAUCCAUGUUGCGUGCCUCGUCCUCCUCAGCUUUGUGGCCGUGUACGGUGGAGCUGUGUGCAUCUUUCUGUGUCUGCGCUACACCUACCUUGGUUAUCGAGGACAGAGUUCUGUGCGUCGUCGACGUCGAGAGAGCCUGCGCGGGUCACUCGCUCUCGUGUUUGCCAACGUACUCAACCCACAGUUUUCCCACAAGUAUACACACCCUCCAAUUUAUGCUGCGGAAGAGAUGGCAAAAAAUACAGUAUGA